AUGGAGCUUCCUAGAAACUCAAAAGAAAAUCAUAGAGACAAGUUUGAAUUCGAUCAUCGGCUUAGAGAGCUUGCCUCCAGAAACCAUACUUAUCAGUUACCUCGUAUUGAGGACAAGCACUAUUCCGAACUAGAAUCUAAUAGAGAUAGUGUAAGAGCUUUUCACAACGGAGAAAAUGGUCCUGCAGCUUUUCGUGAACCAGGAGAGGUCUCACCCAAUAGAAUUCCCAGUAAUAACAAAGAUAAUACAGAGCAGUCCAAAAAUUACUCUAAAAGACCUAUCUUCGAGCGACUCUCGGUAGACGGUGAGGCAGAGUUAGAACUUGAGGGUUCGACGAAUACUAGAUCGGUUUCAAAGAGACCAGCCCUUGAAAGAAUCUCCCUCCUGGAGAACAGAAGAGCCCAAGAGGAUGCGCAAAAUCAGCGAACAAGAACCUCCCCUGCUUUAAAACAGAGUAGCAAAGAACAAGGCACUGUAGGAAACACACCCUCCCAAAAUAGAGAUACAAGAGCAAGAGAGAUUCAGGCAGAGAGUGAUGAUCACUGUAACUCCUCCCCAUCCUCUGAAGCGACGAUUCCUGACCUCCCCAGAAUGCGGGUUCACUCCGGUCCAGUAAUGACCCUUCCUCUCUCUGCCCGACUAGGACAACGUAGAGAGCCUAAGCGUACCGUGUCGGUCCAGAGAAUGCAGGUAAGAAGAAGAAUUCCCAACAAAAAGUUAUGGUUAAGAGAAGAGGGGGUCAAAGUCUACUCAUUGGAGCUUCUUUGA